GUGUAACCAACGCGGGGAGGAAAAAUAAAAGGCUACCGAACGGGAAAGAAAGAAAUAUUACACAGUUGCUUGCACGAUCUCUAAAGCGAAUCGAAACCGACAAAUUUGUUUGCUGAAUAAACAAAUAAUGGAAUAGAAAAGAGACGAUCAACUCGAAAAGAGUGGACCCUUUUCUGAAUUCCAUUCAUUCCUUCGUUUGUUUGUUCAUCUUUUCUAGGCGUAGCCCCUUUUUCUUUGCUUUCUCGUAAUCGCGAGAAGAGGGGCUGAAGAUUUUCUUACCCAACAACGAAAACCCACAUAAUUCGAUACUAAGUUGCGUAUCUCUGACGCGUUCUUUUUUGUAACGAUGGGAUGCCAAUGAACUCAUCUCUUAUCUGAUCUGGGCUGUGCUCUGUUUUUAAUUUAAGGUAAGUGUAUCGUAAUCGGACGGCAUUGGCAAUGUCUCCAACUAUUAUUUUAUUCGCCUGCUUUAUUGGUUCUUCUCGAACUUUGGGUUUUUGUCAGUUGAGUAAUUAGAUGUUUGGUUGUGUGUGAAUCUGUCUGCUUCCAGCUCUACCUGGCUCUCUUGGCAGAUUUCCUGGGAUAACCUUUUGGUUCUUCGAAUGAUUUUGCUUCCUAUGUUGGAUGUCUUACUAAAGUGCAAUAGCGUUUUUAAGGGAGUUCAUGAGAUGUUGUAGCUUAACAGUGGAUUCAUCUGUCCCUUGGAUGUAAAUGGUUGCAUUAGAUUUCUCAUGUCCCUUGUUUUGCUUUCUUCCAUUUAUGUUCUUAAUGUCUUAAAGGGUGAUAUGAAUGUUCGAUUAAUAUAAUUUUUCCAUUUUGUUUUCUAGCUUUUGUCUUGGAAGAAGAUUUCUGCUGUAAACUCUUAUCUUUGUAUAUAUAUGUCUUAAGUUCUGUUAUCUCUAAAAUUCAAUUUUUGAGUUAAGUGCAUUCUUCUGGAGGGCCUCAUAUAGCGAUAUUCUUCUCACUCUUUGUUCGUUAUUGCUUUCUUCAGUGGAUUUUGUUCUGGACUGAGGCAUUUUAUCGAAAACUAUUAUUGUAAUCAGGUCCUUGGUCACCUUCCAUUUUUCCUCCUAUUGAUUUAAUUUAUGUCGAGCACUUUUUUGUUCUUGCUAUUUAUGCCCAUUAAGUUUCUUUAUUAGUAGGCUAUUGUUUUUUUUCCAGGUGUUCUGUCAAUUCUAAUGGCCGAGAAGGGUGAUGUGCUGCCAGUGACACCAGAAACGAUUGUGGCUGCAGGUACUAAUUUGAGAAGAAGCUCUAUGGGGGGACAGACAAGUUCUUCGAAUAGUGGAGAGAAACUUGUGCCUCAUUAUUUAAGAGCAUCUACUGGCUCCUGUCAUGAUUUUUGCAAAUAUGGGAGAAAGCAUGCUUUUGAAACCAAGACAAGACUUCCUAUGCUAAAAAAUGUGGCAAGUAAAUCACUCGACAGUGAAAGUUCGGUAGAUAGUGUGGUACUUCCUGAGAGAAAGAAAACCACCUCGACUAAGGCCCAUGCCAAAUUUUCAUCAGCUUCCAGAUUAUCUGAUACUGAUUCGACCACCUUCGUGAGGCCUGAAAUGUUGGUAAAGUCUUCUGUAUUUCCAAGUCCAAUCCAGAGAGAAGUCCUGAAUGAAAGUAAGAAGAAAUUGUUGGCCGGGCCAAGACCUUUACCCGAGUCAGGAUCACAAUCUCCCAUCGUUUUGAGACCAAUGCAGAAAGAAGUCCUGAAUGAAAGUAAGAAGAAGUUGUUGUUUGAGCCGAGACCUUUACCCAAGUCAAGAUCACGGACUCCCGUCUUUUCGAGUCCAAUGCAGAGAGAAGUCCUGAAUGCAAGUAAGAAGAAAUUAUUGGCUGAGCCAAGACCUUCACUCAAGUCAAGAUCACAUACAACAAAUGCCCUGAAAAACUUGAAGCCGAGAGCCUCUUCAGCUACUAGAAAUCCAGAAGAUGCUGUAGUUCAAGUUUUGGAAAAAUCCAAGGAGAGAAGGUUACCUGAAAAGCAUGAUGACAUUUCAAAAUCGAAGUCUAUUAAAGUGAAACCAUUGAGAUCUGCUGGGUCUCCAGAGAAUUUGAGAAGAAAAAAUGAUUCCGAAGUAGGGAAAAGUUUAGUGACCUCCAAAGAAGCUGCUAAGAGAGUAGCAGCCUCCGCAAGAGCUUCACUAUCCUCUAACUCUAUCCGUGGAGCUGCAAACUUUACUGUGAGAAAGCGCAGUAACUUGAAAGCCGUCCCUCUUAAAACUCGUAGUAAGACGAAAAUAGCUGAACGUGAGCAAGUCCGGAGUGAAGAGGUCCAAGAGAAAACCUUCCAGAGUGAAGAGGAGAUUCAAGAAAAAACCUUCCAGAUUGAAGAGGUCCAAGAGAAAACCUUAUACGUCAUUAAGAUAGAAAAUGAGGAGAAAUCUCCACAAUAUGAUCAGAAUGAAACUGAUGAUAACAUGGAAGCGGUGCCAUUUUCACCACCUAAAUCAUUAUCAUCGCCACCGACCCCGUCUUUUUUGGCCAAUGAAGAAGAUCAUGAUGUAUCUGAAUACACAGAAAGUGAAGCAGAGGAUGACUCUUACUCCGAAGACGAUGAACUUGGCAGCAUGGAAGCACAUAAUGUUUCAAGUGAAGGUGGUAAAGAAGUCGGAUCCCACAAUCUUGGGAUGUAUCAAUCUGAAGGAAAGGAUCCUCAAUCUACAAAACUAAGUUUCAGAAGGGGAAAAAUUAUUGACAUCCGGUCUGAGAGUAAUAGUCCGAGGAGGCUUAAAUUUAGGCGUGGAAGGCAACUGGGGGAGAAUCAAAGGGCUGUUGAUGGCUUUAGAAAAAACUUCAAGAAGGUAAAAGAAGUUGACAGUGACACCAACACCAUAGAAACAGCUCCAGAAACUGUUGUUUUAAGGCACCAAGAUGUGCAGGGGAAAAAAGAUGCGCAGGGCUUGUUCAACAAUGUUAUUGAAGAAACCGCAAGUAAACUUGUUGAAACACGAAAGAGUAAGGUUAAGGCCUUGGUUGGUGCUUUUGAAACAGUGAUCUCCCUGCAAGAUGGGAAACCUUCUCUAGACACUGCGAGUUGAGUGAAAAAUUGAGCUCGACUUAAAGAAUCUAAUUGAUCCUCAUAGAGUGGUCGGUGACUCGGUAAUAAGUUUUGUUUCGAAAACAGGAUGUAGAACUCGAUGAGCUGACAUUGAAGUAGCAUAGAAACAAGAUUGCUGUUUUUAAUGAUAGGAAGAUUUUUGUACACAGUUAGACAGGAAGUGUUGUUUGUGCAGCUGAUCUUGAUAGGUUUGAUAUUAUUUUUCAGGGUAAUCUUCUGCUCCCUAACCUCAAAUCUUUCUACUGAAUUGACGUUAUUGACAUUUGAGUUGCACAUAGAAUAAGGGUAGGCUCAUGACUUCAUGUGUUUUGAACUAUGACAGAGUUAUCUGCCGAAUUUGGAUUUAUUAGUUAGUUGCGACUCUUUUCUUAUGAAUGGAUUUAUAUUUUAUUA